CCCUUUCUUAUAAAUUCGCGUCCCUUUCCACGAAUUCUAUCGCCAAGAAGUGUGAGAUUCCCUAUGGCGGCGGUGAUGUUUCUGGUGCGCGAGGUCCUGCUCUGCGUGGCUCUGUUCUGGUUCGUUCGGUGGAUAGGGCGACGGGUGGCGGGCGGCGGGCGGCGGCCGCCGCCGGGGCCGCGGGGGUUCCCGGUGGUGGGGGCUCUGCCGCUGCUGGGGCGUGCGCCGCACGUGUCGCUGGCGAGAAUGGCGGAGCGGUACGGCCCCGUGAUGGGGCUCCGGCUGGGGAGCUCGGAUGUCGUGGUGGCGUCGUCGCCGGAGGCCGCGAGGGUGUUCUUGAAGACGCUCGACGCGGCCUUCGCCGACAGGCCUGUCGACGCCGCGCCGAUCCGGCUGGCGUACGAAGGACAGGACAUGGUGUUCGCGCCCUACGGCCCCAAGUGGAAGCUCCUGCGCAAGCUCUGCAACCUCCACAUGCUCGGCGCCGGCGCGCUCAACGCUUGGGGACCGUACCGGAGGGAGGAGGUGGGGCGGAUGCUGCAGGGGAUGCUGUCGGCGUCCGGCGAGGGAAAGCCCGUGGCGGUGGCGGCGACGCUGAUUUACACUAUAGCGAACAUGAUCGGGCAGGUGAUCCUGAGCCGGCGAGUGUUCGAGGAGCAAGGGUCGGAGUCGAACGAGUUCAAAGACAUGGUGGUGGAGCUGAUGACGCUGGCGGGGCAGUUCAACAUCGGCGACUUCAUACCGGCGGUGGCGUGGCUGGACCUGCAGGGGCUGGAGGGGGAGAUGCGGCGGGUGCACAAGCGGUUCGACAAGGUGCUGGAACGGAUGGUGGAGGAGCACGAGGCGACCAGGAAGGAGCGCCGGGGGAGGUCAGACUUGCUCGACAUCUUCAUGGAGAGGCAAUCGGCGUUGCCAGCGGCGGCGGUGGAGGAGGAGAAGCUGACGCCGGACAACAUCAAGGCUCUUCUUUUGAAUCUCUUCACUGCGGGCACCGACACCUCCACCGGAACGAUAGAAUGGGCGAUGGCGGAAAUGCUGCUGAACCCGACCAUCCUCCGACGAGCCCAGGCCGAGAUGGACGUGGUGGUGGGGCGGAACCGGCGGCUGGAAGAAUCCGACAUCCCCAACCUCCCCUACCUCCGAGCCAUCUGCAAAGAGUCGUUCCGGAAGCACCCGUCGACGCCCCUCAACCUCCCUCGCCUCUCCACCCAAGCCUGCGAGGUCGGCGGCUACUACAUCCCCCCGAACACCAAGCUCCUGGUCAACAUCUGGGCCAUCGGCCGGAGCCCCAAGGUGUGGGCGAGCCCGUUGGAGUUCGACCCAGACCGGUUCAUGCCCGGAGGGCCGGGCGCCAAGGUCGACCCCACCGGCAAUGACUUCGAGCUCAUACCCUUCGGCGCCGGGCGUCGGAUCUGUGCGGGCGUCCGCAUGGGGGUGGUGCUGGUGCAGUACAUGCUGGGGUCCCUCAUCCAUGCCUUCGACUGGGAGCUGCCGGAGGGGGCGAAGUUGGACAUGGGCGAGACGUUUGGGAUCGCUUUGCAGAAGACUGCGCCGGUGUUGGCGGUUGUCAAACCUCGACUUGCGCUGAAUGUGUACGAAGGCUGACGGCUCCUAUUUAUUUAGGAGUUUUUUUUUUUGUUUCAGAAUGCGGAAAUAAAAAUUAGGAAAAAGUUUCCACCUUUUGGAAAUUUUUUUCCUUUGUUUAUUUAGUGGAUUUCCUUUGUUUUAUUGGAAAA